AUGGAAAUGUUAGCGGAGGGCCAGACCAAUAACCACUCAUCCGAGGUUACGCUUUCGGAUCAGACGAAGAUCAACUCUUUCUCCAAGUUAAUAUCCCGCAAGGAUUUGUUGACCCAAACGUUAAGCAUACAGAAGCAAGACAAAGAGUAUCUUGAUGAUCUAGCGAUAGAAAUUGAGAUGCUUGACGAUGAAGGAGGCAAUGAAGUCAAGAUCAACUACAAAAUGGGCGACACGUUCAUUUUGAUGAAGAAGGAUGCGGUUAUUGAGAGAGUUGAGGAGGAUUUAGCCACGGUUGAUAGUAAAAUCGAGGAGAUUGAAUCCAAGAUUGAAACCAUUGAUGGAGAAUUAGAGGAGUUGAAGAAGUACUUGUACGCCAAGUUUGGUGACUCUAUCAAUUUGGAACGUUAA